AUGAAGGGACUGUUUAGCAAGAUGGAGAUAAGUUCAUCGUGCUGUCUUGGAAAGAAGGAAAAGAAAGACAUAAAUAAGCAUAUUGACCAAGAGUUGCUAAGUAAGGACGAAUCGUACAUGGUGUAUAAAAGCAAGAAGAAAGUAGCGCUUAUAGCUCUAGGCAAAAAUACGAUUCUUUUCUGUUUGAAUAAGAAGUAUUUCCCAACCAUAAGGUAUCUUGAAGAGAAAGGCACUGAAGGGUUCAUUGAUGUUUUUUUGGAUGAAGGAGCGGUUGGACCACUGAGCCGAGGUGCUGAUGUCAUGAUUCCAGGAGUGAUGAAGUGCAAGGAGCUUUUGAAAUGCAAGUUCAAGAAGGGCGAUGUGGUGGUGAUCAACAUAAUUGGGAAGUCUAUUGUGGCGGUUGGAGAAGCAAUUAUUGACUUUGAUGAGAUGAAUGAGAAAGGAAUGGGUGUUUGUAUUGAGGUUUAUCAUAGGAUAGGAGAUGAGCUGUAUGAAGAGAAGUACAUGUGA